AUGCGGCCUCGUCGUGUCACCGUUCAUUUCAAUCACAUUCAAGUGGUUGUCCCAUUGAAUCGAGAGGGGAUUACUAUCACCGAACUGACCCAAGCAGCCAUUGCUCGAUAUCAGAGAGCCACUGGAAUGCAAGGCAACGAGAUGUCGGUUUUGCGGCUAGAGUUAGCAAGUGGGGGAAUUCUUGAUCCAGAUGAUGUGGUUGACGAUGUACUCAAUCAUGACACUGAUCAGGUGUUAGCCAUUUGUGACGACGAGGCUCAAGCGUGUGCCUCGACUGCCUCAUCGGCUUCUCCGAGACCGAUUUUAGAUCGAAGCUCAGCUCAAGAUAGCGUUGUCGAGAUUAAAUUCUUUGGAUCGCCACCAACAUUGGCUAUUCGAAAUCCACCAAUGACGAAUCCAUUACACAAAGAGCUUUUAACGGGUCCAUUGCGUUCAUCAUUGAAAACAGAGAAAAAGGAUGGAGAUUUUCCGAGAAUCACAAAUCGAGUCACGUUAAGCCCAGAUGUGGAAAGAAGACUUGGCACAGCGGAAGCGCGAAGUGGAUUGGAAAGGGGUUCAACGAGGAAAUCGAGAAUAUCCGACAAAUUCUACGAUGCUCAAGACCGUCUACAAGAUCGACUCAAAUCCUCUCACUCGCCGCCAAGAGGUUUCCCACGAUCGGCCUCGGAUUUAGGCACUGGAAAUCAUCUAAAGAAAGCACCAUUGUUACAAGCGAUUGAGAACUCAAAACAUACAGUCAUUGCUUUUCCCGAUGAUGAAGCGAUGAGUAUGGGCAUUGAAGUAACUGGAAUGAUGAAUGAUGAGGGGAAGCUGUCAUCUCUUCAAAUUAUCAAGAUUGAGCCGGAUGGUCGUGUUGGAGUGGAUGGACGAUUGUGUGUCGGUGACAACAUUGUGACUAUUGAUGGGCGACCUGUUGGAGAAUUGACUCAACUCCGAGCUCGAGCGUUGAUCUCUGACAUGAGCACAAAGGGUGUCCCAACUUUAACCGUUUCUCGACCGAUCACUUCGUUUUUACAACCCUCCAUUGAACCGUCUCCAUCCACCUCAUCUCUCCCUCCAAAAAGGCCAAUCUUAUCAGCUCUUCAACAAGCAAACACCCAACAAUUAGGACAAUCCUCAAUUGUUUACGUACAAAAACGUUCAAACGGUUUCGGAUUCACGGUGACUGGCCGGGAAACGGCUCGUGGAGAGCGCUUAUUCUACAUUGGAACUGUUCGCCCGGAUGGAGCCGCAUUUGGGCAACUGAAAGCCGGAGAUCGUUUAAUAAAGAUCAAUGAUGUGGCUACCGCCGAAUUGCAACAAAGUGAUGUGGUGGAGAGAUUGAAGAAGACUUCAAUUGGUGCAUCGGUGACACUAGAGAUCUCAAGAGUUGAGCAAAACGAUGAAAAUAUCCCGCCUGAGAGUUCGGAUUUGCAAGAAAUCCAAGUGAAAAGAGGUUCCGAUGUAGAGGACGAGCUCGCGAAUAAGAGUCCGGCCGUCAUUCAUCGAGCACGACUAGUCAACUCUAAAAACAAUGUUCAAGAAUUGGUGCUUGAUAUUCCUUUGAAUGAUACUGGAUCGGCUGGGUUGGGAGUGUCGUUAAAAGCGAGAGUCUCUGUGCGAUCCGAUGAGACGAGAAGAGAUUGCGGGAUUUUUGUGAAAAAGCUUCUUGUUGGUGGAGCUGCUUAUAAAGAUGGUCGAUUGAUGGUCGAUGAUCAGUUGAUAUCGAUUGAGGACAUUGAUCUGCGAAAGUUUACCCGAAAUGCAGAAGCUUGUGAAGCGGUGACGAAAAAACUGAAACAAAUCGGCCACAAUGCGACGCAUGUUAGAUUACGAGUACUGAGACAAAAUGAAAACACAUCACCGGCACUGUCAUCGGAUGGAUCAACACGGAUCACUGUUGAUGGCCCCGAUGCGACACUUGUUGUUGGCCCAUCUUCGAAUGGAUCCUCUUUUCUUUCAUCAACACCAACCGAAACGAAUCUACGUGUUAGACGAAACAGCUCGGCGAGCACUUCAACGAAAAGAAGUGAGAUUGACGAUGAGCCACAAUCGAAUAUCGAUCCAUUUGAUCGAGAAGCACCCAAUCGAAAAUCGAUGAGCGAAAAACGUGGAAUGGGCGCCACUCUUGAUCCAUCCACUUCAACAACUUAUCAAAAAAUUCGACACCAGCGACAAACGAGCGCGCCGACAUCAAAUGCAGCCACUCGAUCAUUUCACGGCUUUGCGGGCAGAUCAGCAUCGGCAAGGGCUCAAGCAAGAGCUCGCUCGCCGACAAGAAGACGAUCGAGAAGUGUUGAUGUGAAUUUGAUCCGAGCAGGAGAAGAGGCAAUAUUCCAAGAGAAUCCCUCCUCUCAACUUAUACCUUCAUCACUAUCUUCUGGAUUUAAAAACCCAUCAUUUAAACACGCAGUUGUUGGUGAGACGGGAAACUCGCAAGAUAUUUCUGCUUUAAUUGCCAGUCGCAACAAUUCGAAUUACAACGCUGAAAAGCAACAACGAAGAAAGAGUAUGGGAAGUACCAUGAAAAAUUGGUUCCGAAUCGGGAAUCGCUCGAGAGAGGGAUCUCCAGAGAAAAGAGACCCAUCUUCAUCGAAAGAUUACAAGGAAAAUAAAAAAAUAGAAACUAACGGUCAAUAUGGCGUAGUCUCGUCUCCUCGAUUGAAUCAUCGUGAUUUGAGAAGAGAAAAAGUCAAAUCCGAAUACGAUCCCGUUUUUGCUGAGGGGUACCGAGGCGCGAGCAAUGGCCAUGGCCCGAUCCAUUCAGCCACUAUUGACGACUUCGGCCUUGUCAACCGAUAUGAACAGCACCGCUGGCCCCAGCAGACAGCCACCGCGCAGGCCUCCUCCUCCCCCACCGCAUUCCAAACGAAUCGACGAAGUGCCACCGGAUUCCAUCAACAAUUCGGAAGUGUCAGUGCUGGAAGUCGGAACGCGGAACGACCACCACCACCUCCAUACUAUGUCGUCUCAAACUCAUACUCAUACCACGGAGACGAGCGUGACAAUGCCGGCUGGGGUCGAGAAGGGACACGGGAACAAGACCGAGCCCGUACUCGUGUCGCCACUCCGUCUUACUACGAUGCUUUCAAUGCGUGGUUCGCAUACUCGGGAGGCGGUGGAAUUGGAGCACGACCGAGUGUCCAGACCGCAUUCGCUGGAGGCAGCCGCUUCCCCGCUACUUCUCAAUCCCAAGCCCCAACGCGUGCUUCGACCGCUACACCCCAGCAACAGUACUACCCCAGACCUGGACAGAGUGUCUGGCCAAGACAACUCCUUUAUGCGCAAGCCGAGCCCGUCCACGUCUACACGCCCCAGCAGCAAUUUCACGGACUCAUCGCCCCAUCGGAUCUUCCCCCUGGAAUCCCCCAUACGCCGCGCCAGCAACCGGCGUCUUCACCCCGGCACACCCAGCCCCUUCAACCUAUUUUUCCCACUUCUAGAGUUUUUCAUGCGACUUCUCUCGCUCCUGCUGGCAAAUUUGGGGAGCGUCUCUCGAUGCGAGCAAAGAAAAAAUAUCGCCGCGAGAUUCGCUCCGAAUAUGUCGACGAUUCGAAUGGAGGCAUUCCAGCAAAUUGGCACCCGAUUCCCGUAUUGAGAGAGGUUCCAAUGAAAUCAAGAGACCCGUUAAACGACAAUAAAUCGUCGGCAAGGAGAUCGAUGACCCAUCGAACUCCUUCGUAUCGAUUUGCGACCUCGAUGUAUGAGGAUGAGGAGUCGAAUCGAUCGAGUUUCAUCCUCCAAACAGGCACCCCCGCGCAUUCACAACAAUCUAAUGACCCAGAGAGCUCAUCAUCGUCGAAAAAUCAGUCUAAUCACCCCAAAAAACCCAAUCCUGCAGCCCAUAAAUCUUCAAAUUUCCUUGGACCUAUCACCGAUUGU